ACUCGUCGAUACUAAAGAAAUCUAAUCAUGUCUGGACGUGGUAAAGGAGGUAAAGGACUCGGAAAGGGAGGCGCCAAGCGUCAUCGCAAGGUCUUGCGUGAUAACAUCCAAGGAAUCACCAAGCCAGCCAUCCGUCGUCUUGCCCGCCGUGGUGGUGUCAAGCGUAUCAGUGGUCUCAUCUACGAAGAGACCCGUGGUGUCCUCAAGGUCUUCCUUGAGAAUGUUAUCCGUGAUGCCGUCACCUACUGCGAGCACGCUAAGAGGAAGACCGUCACCGCCAUGGACGUCGUCUACGCCCUGAAGAGGCAGGGACGUACCCUCUACGGAUUCGGAGGUUAAGAAGUUCAUCUCUUCAAACCCAUCAACAAAACCGGCUCUUUUCAGAGCCACCAAAUAUUCAAGAAAGAAACAAUUUGAAUGUCUCUUUAUGUGUUAUAAUUAUGUACGGGCCCUAGUGAGAGGGUUGGGAAGAAAUUAAAUUAAUGAACACACCACAGCUAAGGCUUCCAUUUGGUUCCAAUAAGGCAAUAUUGUCUUUAAUCAGACUUUACUAUAGUCUAUAGUUUAGAUCAUAUCCGUAGGGUAUUUUUUUUUAAUCCUAAAGUAAACUUCCCUGUAGUCGCUCACUAGAAUUCCAAUGAGAUUGGAUGUUUAAAAAAAAUUCUUAAUUCCCAAGAACAAAAACGGUUACCGUUCCAAUAUUUUAGCAGUGAAGCGCAAUAAAACAAUAGUUAUAGACCCACACGGCCAAUAUACAUAGGUCCAUUGUCAGACCUGUAAUCUUGACGCCCGAAAGACGCAGACGUGACUUGGAUUACAGGCACACGCGACGAUUCCCAGUUGAAUUUCAGAGAGAAAGAAGAAAAACGGUGAUAAACCUAUUACAAAAACCAUGGACCUAUUACGCAAUAGGUCCAUGCAAAAACCUACACUUCUCAUGCAAAUGGUCGCAUGUCAUAAGGUGGUCCAAUUUCGCGAACGGUAAAAUUGGUCCAAAAAAAUGAUAUGUUAUAGGUAUUACCAUUCUGUAAAUAAUGACAAAGUUUUAAAGGUCAAGUCCACCCCAGGAAAAUGCU